AUGGGAGAAACAGCACAACAAUCCGUCACGGAGAAGGCACCAAUUCAUACAAGUCCCAACUUCACUGUUCUUCCUACAAGAGACAACACUCAUGCAAGUGCCAAGAUUUUUGAAGAGGAAGAGGAAGAGGAAGAGAGCUUGAUAACAUCUCGACGUGCUCGAAUAAGUGGCAUGAAGUCUAGCAGUUCUUUAUCAAAGGAGGAGUCCAAAACCUCUAUUGAUGCUGGGCCAACUGUAACAAUUGUUUCAAGCGAGCAAACUUCUGAGGUAAUCUUGCCAUUGAGUCCUAUGUCAACAAAAGUUUCAACAAGCCUCAGUCAAAGCCUUUCAACCGUUCUCCCCAAGCCUUCCAAUGAUGAUGUUCAAGCUUCUAAUAAAUCCCUUGGCCAUGCCACUGUCUCAAGCGGAAGUGGUAAUAUAAGAGUUGACACAGAAACUACAACAACUCAAUUUUCUGAUGACUGUAUAAAUCAAGAUUCUAAAGUUUGGGAAGAAACAGAGCAGAAUCUUUUUUCCCAUACAAAUGGAAGACAAGCCUUAGAACCCCAACAACCCACAACUGGUUCCUCAAACUUCACAAGAGACGAGUUGGUGGGCAAAGUGGCGAGAAACGAAAGAACCAUGAUUGAUCCACAACAAUCUACAUUGGGCUCACACAACUUUACAAAGGAUGAGUCAGUCAACAAAGAAGUGAAAACAGAAUCAAUCAUGAUGGAGCCACAGUCAAAAGAAGAAAUGACAAGACAUGGUAUACAAUGUCACGAGGAUGAGGAAGAGGAAGAGGAAAGAAAAGGUGGCUUGAUAACUACCCGACAUCGUCAAAGUGACAUAAAAGCAAAGAACUCUUUCCUAAAAGAAAAGCCCAAGACUUCCAUUCAUGGAGACCCAUUUGUACCAUCCACGACAACUAUUUCAAGUGAGCUAACUUCUAAGGCAAUCUUGCCACCGAGUCCUAAUUCUUCAAAAGCUCUACUCUGCAAGCCUACCGAUGAUAUUCAAGUUUCUGAUAAGUCUCAUGCCACUGUCAUUGGUGAUGCUGCACCCAUUCCACAACCAACUACUCUAUACGAGGGCAUUAAUAGUGACAAAGACAUCAAUGGAACAGAUGUGAUUCAAGAUGAAUCCAAGGCAAAUAUGGCGUUCCAUGGUGUCCAACUAAACUCAAAUGAGCAUGUGACUGAUGACCCAAGCAAUCUUACGCAGAUGGAACAAGAGCUGUCAUGUUCUAGAGGCCAAAUUAAGCAUCCUGCUGUGACAAAGUCAUCAAAUAUUAAUACUGAGCACGCACAAUCUUCGUUGCUUCCAUUUUCUACUCCUUCGGAGUCGGCACCUUCCGUUCUUGAGACUGAUCAAGCUUUGAAUGUUAGCGGAGUGCAAGAGAUAAAUGAGAUGGUGAAAUUAGAGGGCUCUGAGAUUUCUUUAUUGGCACAGGCACUCAAGACUCACCCACAACUGUGUAUGUCUACAAAUGACCGAAGCACCCAAAUGCUGCGCAUAUCCUAUAGGGUAUUGAUUGAUAUACUCAACAUUCUAACCACCAGAACACCCUUCACAAUCACUGAGGCAGACAAGAGGUCGUUGGAAGAGAAAUUAAAGGAUGCUUGCCUUCUUGGUUUUGACAAGGACUGGCUUGAAUCUAUUAGGACUAAGGUUUUUAAUUGUGAUGUGUCUAAAGUUAAUGAAAUUCAAGAAACUCUAAAAGGUUUGGACAGUGAUCUCAACACCAACGAGGCAUUGCUUGCGGCUACUCGCAAUCAAGGGGUUAAGGCAGCACGAUUGGUUCAAAAAGACUUGGAUGCUGCAUUGCAAGAGCAUGCAAAUGUGAUGGCAAAUCAUACUCAGCUUUUGAAGGCCCGCCAAGAGAUUCUAGCAAGGCAAAACCAAUGCUGGGAAAUGAUUGCUGCUAAGAAUAAACAUUUUGGAUUUUAG